GCCUCGCGCAUGCGCCCGGGGCCGCUGCUGCAGUGAUAGCUGAGGGGGGGCGGCCGCCAUCUUACCAGUCGGCGGAGGGGGCGAGGGUUGGACGCGGCGGCGGCUGCUUCUGCCGUCGGCGGGACCAGAUUGGAUAUAAACACCAUGGAAAAAGAAGACUAAGAAUUCAUCAUGAUUGGAGGCCUGUUCAUUUAUAAUCAUAAGGGAGAGGUUUUAAUCUCCCGGGUUUACAGGGAUGACAUUGGGCGGAAUGCAGUGGAUGCUUUCCGAGUCAAUGUCAUCCACGCACGACAACAAGUGCGUUCACCGGUCACCAACAUCGCUCGCACCAGUUUCUUCCAUGUCAAACGUUCCAAUAUCUGGCUGGCUGCCGUCACCAAGCAAAAUGUUAAUGCUGCGAUGGUCUUCGAGUUCCUCUACAAAAUGUGUGAUGUGAUGACUGCCUAUUUUGGAAAGAUCAGUGAAGAGAACAUCAAAAACAACUUUGUGCUCAUCUACGAGCUUCUGGAUGAAAUCCUGGACUUUGGUUACCCUCAGAACUCUGAAACAGGAGCCCUGAAAACAUUCAUCACCCAGCAAGGAAUCAAGAGCCAGACUAAGGAAGAGCAGUCUCAAAUUACCAGCCAGGUAACUGGCCAGAUUGGUUGGAGGCGCGAAGGGAUCAAAUACCGUCGCAAUGAACUCUUCCUGGAUGUUCUAGAGAGUGUGAACUUGCUAAUGUCACCACAAGGCCAGGUGUUGAGCGCCCAUGUCUCAGGACGAGUGGUUAUGAAAAGCUACCUAAGCGGCAUGCCCGAAUGUAAAUUUGGCAUGAACGACAAGAUCGUCAUUGAGAAACAAGGCAAGGGGACGGCAGACGAGACAGGGAAAAGUGGGAAGCAGUCCAUCGCCAUCGACGAUUGCACUUUUCACCAAUGUGUGAGGCUCAGCAAGUUUGACUCGGAGAGGAGUAUCAGCUUCAUACCACCAGAUGGAGAGUUUGAGCUCAUGAGGUACCGAACCACUAAAGACAUUAUCUUGCCGUUCCGGGUCAUCCCCCUGGUACGUGAGGUGGGACGCACCAAGCUGGAGGUGAAAGUGGUGAUCAAAUCUAACUUUAAGCCUUCCCUCUUGGCUCAGAAGAUAGAGGUGCGAAUCCCGACUCCUCUUAAUACUAGUGGUGUACAAGUCAUCUGCAUGAAAGGAAAAGCAAAAUACAAGGCCAGUGAGAAUGCCAUUGUCUGGAAAAUUAAAAGGAUGGCUGGAAUGAAAGAGUCUCAGAUCAGCGCAGAGAUAGAACUGCUUCCAACCAACGACAAGAAGAAAUGGGCUCGGCCACCCAUCUCUAUGAACUUUGAGGUUCCCUUCGCGCCUUCCGGGCUGAAGGUGCGCUACCUGAAAGUCUUUGAGCCAAAGCUGAACUACAGUGACCACGAUGUGAUCAAAUGGGUGAGGUACAUUGGCAGGAGCGGGAUCUACGAGACAAGAUGCUAGCCCCGUGCAGCAAGCUGGCUCGCUCUCACCCUUUGGUCUCGACGUUCAAGAGCAUUUCACUGGCCCCUCCUCCAUUCAGAGGCUGGAAGCUGGAAUCCUGCAGCUGCUCUUUGAAGGGUGGGGGGGGAGAAAAAAAGGGGACACCGGCACCUGCGUUGUUUCAGUUACUGUUGGAGAUGCAGCUGACAUCAGGUGGUUUUGAGAGUCGGGGCUCAUGUCUUGCUUCUGUCCCAGGAUGUAAAAGGGCCAGUCCAACACCACCCCCUUGUGGUCAUUCUAGGGAACAUCCACCGUGUGAUAACCCCCCCUUCUGUUGUUCACUACUUGCAUUAUUAUAUCCUAGUAUUUUUUGGAAAUCCUUGUGCAUAUGUAUCAGUAGACUUAGACAAGAAAUCAUAGACUGGACAACCCUUGAAUUAAUUCUGGCUCCUAUACUUGGCUCUUGCUGUUGUAAUUGUUGUUGUGCGGCAAAGGUGGGAAUAUUCCUCAUUGCUUUCUCCUACAGCUCGAGGAAGAUUUGUGACCAAAAAUGUCUGAGGGUUAUUAUCAUGGAUGGUGAGAAUAGCAAAGAAUUUCAUAGCCUCAAAGGGCAACUUCCUUGGAGCACUGAGGAUAGCUGACAAAGCCAGUACCUUUUCUCCCUUAAAACACAAUCCCUCCCAAAAAAUCUGGCACACAACUGAGGAGAGACUGAUUUGAUCAGUAAUAUCCAAAGGAUUUGUCCUUUGAUUAAGAAUUGGCCAGCGAUCUUUCCUCUUCCUUUCCUCCUUUCUCCUCCCAUCUUUCUUUUGCCCAAUCAGCUGAUGCGUUCUUCUACUAAAAGCUUUUGGGUCAAUGGAAAUGCUGCUGCAACCCACAAUCCUCUGCUUCAGGUAGUGUGGUCUCCCAUUUUGUACACGUGUGAUUGUCCAGUUAUAAAUACAAUAAAGUAUAUAGAACCAA